ACGUUCGACUAUGUAGCAGAUAGCAAGCUCUGUCUGAGAGACUAUCCCACUAUUUGAAAUUUAAAGUGAAAUCGGAUCGAGGGGCCCAACCGGCGCCGUUUCCAGCGGACAAUUAGCGGAAUCUCCAGCGCCUGCGUCAAGUAAACUGACUUGGCAAACAAGGCGACACCACAAUAAUCAGACUGCGAUAAGCCGACGUGGACAAGCAUACUGGGAUCGCGAAUCUCGAGCUCCAUAAAUGGAUCUUCUCGGGCCCGCUGGCAAGUCAGUUGUUAUUCAGCUGGCGAACCGUUUGAAGUUCGUACUGCGUCCCCUUAGCACAAUGGCCACUUACGAACAAGUUAAGGAUGUCCCCAACCAUCCGGAAGUGUAUUUAAUUGACGUCCGGCGGAAGGAUGAACUUCAGCAGACGGGCUCUAUUCCGUGCAGCCUCAACAUACCCUUGGAUGAACUGGACAAAGCUCUGAAUCUGGAUAAUGCCGAUUUCAAGAACAAAUAUGGACGAUCCAAGCCGGAAAAGGAGUCUAGGAUCAUAUUCAGCUGCCGAUCGGGAAAUCGGGUGUUGGAAGCUGAGAAAAUUGCCAAGGGCCAGGGAUACUGCAACGUGGUAAUCUACAAAGGAUCCUGGAACGAAUGGGCCCAAAAGGAGGGACUUUAAACUUUAAGUCCUUAUAGUCUAUUUGGAUUUGAAAUUAUUGUUUAUUUUUAUGAUUGGUAAAAUUUGGGAAUCAGGUAUUGAAAUAAAUUCCAAUUUGUACAACUA